GACGCCCUGGCGCGCCUUGGCCUCCGCGACGCGCCCCUGGCCGCCGCCGCCGCCCGGGCCGUGCGCGCGCACCUGGUGGAGCUGCACGCGGAGGACUUCGCCAUGGCCGUGUGCGCGCUGGCACGGCUGGGCUGCCUCGGCACGGGCCCCGCCUGCGCGGCGAUCUCUUGGGAGGCGCGCGAGCGCGCUGGGCUGCGCCUGCUCUGCGCCCGCGACGCCGCUCGGCUCGCCUGUGCCUUCUCGCUGGCGGGCGUGCCUGACGCGGCCGUGUACGACCUGCUGCGCGACUGCGCCGCGGACCAGCCGGGGCGGUCGAGCAGCGCUGACCAUUUGUCGGACCAGGCCGCGCGUACGCAGGCCUCCCCGACGGGUCCGCCGCUCGACUGGCCCGUGCUGGUCAUCAACUUGGACAGGA